AUGGGCAGCUGGCCUUUUGAAGAACCUCGGACCUGCAAGCAAGAGCGUAAACGUAUGCCCCUCAUGCCCAACAACAAGAAUUACGACCCGGAGCAUACAAGCAUGGGCUUCCAAAGGAAAAUUCGCCUAGACCUCAAGCAAGCAUUGAUAUUCGACUGCAAGCUGAACCAGGAAGUGGAUAUCUGGAAUUCAACAAGAGAGGUUCUGGGGAUUUGCAGUUUAGAGCUUCUUUGGAGAUCUUAUGAGUUCGUACGAGGUUCCUCCUCAAUCGGCAAUCGUGCUUCCAGCGUAGUCUUUUGCCGGCAGUGGCUCGCGUGCUGGAUGCGACUGUAG